AAGGAGGCUCUCAGACGAACACAGCUGUGCGAGCCGAGAAACGAGCACAGACUCCCGACACAGGAAAUGUGUCCUUCUCCUUCCACACCGGGUAAAGUCAUGUUUACGGAAAACAGUUCACUAAACCUGUGAACACUGUUUACUGCGACAGUAAAAGUUUGACUGCGACAAGAAGAAAAGAAAAGAUUUUAGCUGAAGAUGUCUGUGAGUAGCCAUGAAAAUCGCAAGUCCAGGUCGAGCUCCGGAUCCAUGAACAUCCACCUGUUUCACAAAACCUCGCACGCUGACAGCCUGCUUACUCAACUUAACCUUCUGCGCAAGCGCUGCGUCUUCACCGAUGUUGUGCUCCGGGCCGGAAAUCGAGCAUUCCCAUGUCAUCGGGCAGUCCUUGCCUCAUGUAGUCGCUACUUUGAAGCCAUGUUUAACGGUGGACUCAAGGAGUCCCGAGACACAGAGGUCAACUUCCAUGACUCAUUGCACCCUGAGGUCCUGGAGCUUCUGUUGGACUAUGCAUACUCCGCACGCAUCAUCAUCAAUGAGGAGAAUGCUGAGUCACUGCUAGAGGCUGGAGACAUGCUGCAGUUCCAUGAUAUCCGAGAUGCCUCUGCAGAGUUUCUUGAGAAGAACCUGCACCCUUCAAACUGCCUCGGGAUGAUGCUCCUCUCUGAUGCACAUCAGUGCCAAAGGCUUUACGAGCUCUCCUGGCGCAUGUGCUUGGCGAAUUUUGCCACCCUUUACCAGACCGAGGACUUCCUGAACCUCCCGAAAGAUCAAGUUCAGGAGCUGAUCUUCAGCGAGGAGCUGGAGGUGGAGGAUGAGAGCGUAGUGUAUGAGGCAGUCAUAGACUGGGUGAAAGCUGAUAUUGAAAGGAGACUCUCUGACUUGCCUGAGCUCUUGCGCUGUGUUCGUUUGGCACUUCUUACAGAGACUUACCUGCUCAAAAACGUUGUCACUGAAGAGCUCAUCAUAGGAGACAAAGUGUGUCGAGAGAUUGUUGAAGAUGCAGUACGAUGCAAGAUGAAGAUACUCCAGAAUGACGGUGUGGUUACUGGUUUCUGCGCUCGACCCAGGAAAGUGAGCCAAGCUCUGCUGCUUCUAGGAGGCCAGACCUUUAUGUGCGACAAAGUGUACAUGAUAGACCACCAAACAAAGGAGAUCAUGCCCAAAACCGACCUUCCAAGUCCUCGAAAAGAGUGCAGUGCCUGUGCUAUUGGCUGUAAGGUUUAUGUCACAGGAGGCAGAGGUUCUGAAAAUGGUGCUUCCAAAGAUGUCUGGGUCUACGAUACCUUACAUGACGAAUGGUCCAAGGCAGCACCGAUGCUUGUGGCCAGAUUUGGACAUGGCUCAGCUGAAUUGGACCAUGUCCUGUAUGUUGUAGGAGGCCACACUUCUCUGUCAGGCUCGUUUCCUGCCUCUCCGUCAGUCUCACUCAAACAGGUGGAACAGUACAACCCACAAUCUAACAAAUGGACUCUAGUUGCACCUCUUCGGGAAGGUGUGAGCAAUGCUGCUGUCGUAGGAACCAAAAACAAGCUCUUUGCAUUUGGUGGAACUAGUGUGAAUAGGGACAAGUUCCCCAAAGUGCAAUGUUUUGACCCCUGUGAGAACAGGUGGACGGUGCCUGCAGCAUGUCCUCAGCUUUGGCGUUACACGGCGGCGGCAGCCGUCGGCAAUCACAUUGUGGUCAUUGGAGGAGAUACAGAGUUCUCGGCAGGCUCAGCAUAUAGGUUCAACAGUGAAACAUACCAGUGGACUAAAUUUGUGGACGUCACAGCCAAAAGGAUCAGCUGCCAUGCUGUAGCCUCAGGCAACCGACUCUACGUGGUUGGAGGGUAUUGUGGAGCUCAGAGGUGUAAAACGCUGGACUGUUACGACCCCUCUUCUGACUCCUGGGACAGUGUGACUAGUGUGCCAUAUUCUCUCAUUCCCACUGCGUUUGUGAGCACCUGGAGAUACCUGCCAUCCUGAAUGUCACAACCAGAUGAUGUCCAGUGUCAUGAGGAAUGCAGGGGAAUGUGUCCUCUCGGUGGCCAAGGAAUGCAGGAGGUGGGGGCAAGAAAAUAGUGAAAAAGAAAGAAAGAAAGAAUGAAAAGAAGAAAGACAGACGGAUGCCUGCUGAGGAAUAAAAGAUAGGUACACGAAAGGAGCACUUGCCAAUUCAGAAGGGAAAGUAUAGAGUUUGGCAUUGAGGAGAUAACUCAAGGUUAUUUAAGUCUAAAUGAAAUCUGAAAGACCGGGAGCUCUGCACACACAUCAAACACACUUUUAUUCCUUCUGUUUUUCAGCUACUUUCAUUUUGAAGGACUGUUUUGGUUUCGGUCUGAGAAUUUAACGUUAAAAUGAAAAGAAAAACACUGUGUUACAUGGUUUUGGAAGGUUUAGUCUGAAAGAACAAAGUGGUUAUGAGGAUGAGGAAGCUGCGGCUCAGCUCUGGGUUUAAAUGACAAACCAGCAUCAGCUGGAUGAGGAAAUGAGUGAUGUAUUAAACCUGCCUCACCCUGUGCGGCUCUUUCUUGUUGUUAUGAAGGGAGAUAUAAAUGCCUGGAUACACAACAAAUACAUGUUUAAUAAUCCUAGCUGUGAUAUAUCUAACAUAUUGCUUAAUGUUAUGUGUUGGAGGAGUUCGAUGUAUCAUAUGAUAGAUCUUCACACCAUCUCGAGGGGGAUUUAGUUAUUUCAUGAUCAAAAGACUUUCAGACUACUUUUAAUAUAAAUAUUAAACAUUUGUGUUUGAUAACUUAAUCAUAGAAAAACUACUACUUUAAUGUUAUUUUUUUGUCAGUUGUUCAUUGUUGUAGCAUUAUUUGUUCAUUAUUGUACUAUAUCAGAUAUAGCCUAUAUUUUAUGUAGAGCUUCUGUGUUAAUGUAGCUUUUUAAUGUUUAAUUUUUAUGCUACUUGUUUAACACUGUCAGAUAGAAUGAACGAUUUUCACCCAUCUGUCAUUUAAGAAAUAUUCAUUAAUUCUCACUACAGCUGGGCGAUAUGACCAUAUAACAUCAUUAUUGCUUAUAGCCACCAGUUUAGCAAGUAAACAUAAGCUACUGAAAAGCUAACAUUUAAUAAAUGAAGGCUUUACUAUUUUUAUAGCAAUAAAACUAAAAAGACAAACAUUCUACAAUGUGAACACUUCAUUAUUUAUGUAGUUCUACUGUUUUGUAAGAACACUGUAACCAAAACAAAUUAUGAUCCUUAAUAAAUAUUGUGAUCAGAUUUAUUUGCCAUAUCGCUCAGCCCUUAUCUGCACUGUGUAUCUGUACUGUAUGUUCCUAAAUGUUACUUGUUUCAGCUCGUUUCUCAGUAAAGAGACAUCUUUGGCAAUAUAAAAUAAUAAACAUUCUUUUCUUUUUUAUUUCA